GUAGAAGUACUAUAAAAAUACAAGAAAUUUUAUUUUUUUAUUUUUUAAAAAAUAAAGAUAAAAAUAAAAAUUAAUUAUAAUACCUCCACUUCCUUACAUGUGACCACACUGUAUUGCCAACUUGGUAACAUCUCUUCUCUUCCUUCUCUCUCUUUCUCCUUCCCUCCAUCUCCAUUCUCCGCCAUCUUUAACACCUCCUUCUACUCCUCUUUUCCCACCAAAAUAAUUAGAAAAAUGUCCCAAAGAUUAUAAUUAAAAUUGAAAAUAAACCUACAAAAUUAAAAAGUUACCCAAAAGAAAUGACAGAAUAAUUGGAGUAUUCUGUACUCCCAAUAUUGAAAAUACCCAUAAGAAAAGUAAAGGAAUGUAUUAACUCUAACAUUGUGUUUAGAUUCAGUUCUUAGAGCAAGAAAAAAGAGAGAAAAGAGAAAAGAGAAAAGAGAAAAGAGAAAAGAUGGGAGGAGUAACAUCUUCAAUGGCUGCAAAAUUUGCAUUUUUCCCACCAAAUCCACCUUCAUAUAAAGUAGUCAAAGAUCAAACAACAAAUUUAAUGGUUUUAGAACCAUACCCACAUAGGGAAAAUGUUGAUAUUUUGAAGAUCCCAACAAGAAGAGGAACUGAAAUAGUUGCUAUGUAUGUUAGGUAUCCUAUGUCUACUUCUACUUUGCUCUAUUCUCAUGGAAAUGCUGCUGAUAUUGGUCAGAUGUAUGAGCUUUUUAUUGAGUUGAGCAUUCACUUGAAGGUUAAUAUCAUGGGGUAUGAUUACUCUGGAUAUGGGCAAUCGACGGGAAAGCCCACAGAGAAUAACACAUAUGCUGAUAUUGAAGCUGCAUACAAGUGUCUUGAAGAAAACUAUGGAGCUAAGCAGGAAAAUAUCAUUCUUUAUGGUCAAUCUGUUGGUAGUGGGCCAACUUUAGAUCUUGCCUCUCGUUUACCACGGUUAAGGGCCGUUGUUCUUCAUAGUCCUAUACUUUCGGGCUUGAGAGUCAUGUAUCCUGUUAAACGAACUUACUGGUUUGACAUUUACAAGAAUAUCGAUAAAAUCCCAUUGGUGAAGUGUCCUGUUCUGGUAAUUCAUGGAAUGGCUGAUGACGUUGUGGACUUUUCUCAUGGUAAAACAUUGUGGGAAUUAUCCCAAGAAAAAUAUGAACCUCUGUGGCUCAAAGGAGGAAGUCAUUGUGACUUGGAACUUUUCCCGGAGUACAUCCGGCAUCUCAAGAAAUUUGUAUCCACGGUAGAAAAGCCUCCCUCCCAAAGGCACAACAUCUCACGAAGAAGCGUUGACAAGCCUGAGAAUUCUCGGAAGAGCAUCGACUGUUAUGAUGCUUCAAGGAAAAGCACCGACAGAAGAGAGAAACCGAGGAAAAGCAUAGACCGGCCUGAGAAACUGAGAGUACACGAUUACAAGGCCAGCAGCAUCAAUAAGCUUGAAAAGCUGAACAUUCCUUUUGAACAGUUAGAGAGGUCUCGUAGAAGUGUUGAAUACCACGACAAGUCUCGAAAAAGCGUUGAUUUACAGUUUGAGAAGGGUCGACGAAGUGUGGAUUGGGUGGAUAGAAUAAGGGCCGUCUGAAGAUUGUCAGAUCAAUGUAAAGUACACAGCGAUUUCUUGUGAAAUGGAACGGAGGCGCAGAGAAAAACAUCGAUAAGUGAAUAGAACAAGCAAAUGGUGUCGACACACUUGACGCAACGGUAUAAGUUAUGCUUUGGGAGAUGAUAUUCCAUCAGAAGUUUUUCUCAGGAACUUGAGAUUUGAUGUAGGAGUAAUGGGUUCUUGUUUCAUAGAUGUUUCCAUUGAAGAUCUAACAGGUUGUAUUUUCCAUCAUUUCAUGGGAAAAAAUGUAGUAUUUCUAAUUUGACUUCCAUUUGAAAAUUUACAAUGCUUUCUUGGUAUAUAGUAAAACAUUGUUUUCCCCAGUUUAA